CGGCGUAGGGAAGCAACACACUCUGCGCGGGAAAAGGGAGUUAAUACUUUGUAUCGCUCUAUGCCAUGUGUCACAGCAGCAGGUAUUAUACCCGGUAGAGCUGCGGACCGGAGGGUACCGUGAUCACUACAACCAGAGGGGGGAUAAUUAAGGCGACCUUUGACCUUCCCGGCCGGACUGACUCCGUGAGCGAGUCUGCGCAUGGACAUGAUUAUUCCUGGUGCCGAGAAUGCCGCUCGCUGCCGGGGAUGAUUUUUCAGACGGGUAUCUCUGCGUUUAGUAAGCUCAGGAUUGCUGCGCGUUCUCUGAUUCGCUUGUGCUCCACGGGGCCCGCAGACAUGACCCUGAGGGGCCCGGUCCAGAAGGUUCUGUGCGUCGCCGAGAAGAAUGAUGCGGCUAAGGGGGUCGCGGAUAUCAUGUCCAACAGCAGGAUGAGACGGAGAGAAGGUUAUUCCAAGUUCAACAAGAUAUACGAAUAUGAAUAUAAUUUGUUUGGAAGGGACGUCGCCGUGGUGAUGACCUCCGUGUCGGGACAUUUGCUGGCGCUCGACUUCCAGAGUCAUCUGAAAAAAUGGCACAGCUGUAACCCCGUGUCGCUGUUUGAUGCUGAAGUUGAGAAGUAUUGCCCUGAUGACUUUGUUAACAUAAAGAGGACUCUGGAACGUGAGGUUCGGCAGUGCCAGGCGCUUAUCAUAUGGACAGAUUGUGACAGAGAGGGAGAGAAUAUCGGCUUUGAGAUCAUACAUGUGUGCAAAGCAGUGAAACCAAACCUGCAGGUGUUCAGGGCUCGGUUUUCGGAGAUCACCCCCCGUUCGAUCCGAAUGGCCUGCGAGAACCUGGUGCAGCCCGACCAGAACGUCAGCGAUGCCGUGGACGUCAGGAUGGAGCUUGACCUCCGGAUAGGUGCCGCCUUCACCCGAUUCCAGACUCUUCGCCUCCAGAAGAUCUUCCCCUCGGUGCUCUCCAACCAGCUCAUCAGCUACGGCAGCUGCCAGUUCCCCACGCUGGGGUUCGUGGUGGAGAGAUUUAAGGCGAUUCAGGCCUUUAUCCCGGAAACCUUCUACAAGAUCAAAGUGACUCACGAGCACGAAGACGGGAAUGUGGAUUUCAGCUGGAAGCGGAACCGUCUCUUUAAUCACACGGCCUGCCUGGUUCUCUACCAGAUCUGCAUGGAGAAUCCAACGGCGACCGUGGUGGAAGUGGGAAGCAAACCUAAGAGCAAGUGGAGGCCGGUGGCCCUUGACACCGUGGAGCUGGAAAAGCUGGCUUCUCGCAAACUGAAAAUCUCAGCCAAGGAGACCAUGAAGGUCGCUGAAAAGCUCUACACGCAAGGUUACAUCAGUUACCCCCGUACCGAGACGAACAUUUUCCCGAAGGACCUGAACCUGACGUCUCUCGUCGAGCAGCAGACCCAGGACUCUCAGUGGGGGAACUUCGCUCAGCGCAUUCUGGAUAGGGGUGGGCCGACUCCUCGCAAUGGAACCAAAUCAGAUCAGGCUCACCCUCCCAUUCACCCCACUAAAUACGCUGGGAAUUUACAGGGGAAUGAACAGCGUAUCUACGAGUUCAUAGUGCGCCACUUCCUCGCUUGCUGCUCGCAGGAUGCCCAGGGCCAGGAGACCACCGUAGAAAUCGACAUCGCGGCGGAGCGGUUUGUAGCUCAUGGGCUGAUGAUCAUUGCCAGGAACUAUCUUGAUGUUUAUCCGUAUGACAAAUGGAACACUAAGAUCAUUCCGGUGUACGAGAUGGGGUCCACGUUUCAGCCAACCACAGUGGAGAUGGUGGAUGGAGAGACGAGCCCCCCGCAGCUUCUAACAGAGGCCGAUCUCAUCUCUCUGAUGGAGAAGCACGGGAUCGGUACUGAUGCCACACACGCCGAGCACAUUGAGACCAUCAAAUCGCGCAUGUAUGUAGGGCUCACGGCAGAGCAAAGGUUCCUCCCCGGAGAGCUGGGAAUGGGCCUGGUGGAAGGUUACGAUUCCAUGGGCUUCGAGAUGUCCAAGCCAGACCUGCGUGCCGAGCUGGAGUCUGAUCUGAAACUGGUCAGCGAAGGGAGAAAGGACAAAUUCACCGUCCUUAGGCAGCAAGUUCAGAAGUAUAAGCAGGUCUUCGUAGAGGCGGUUGAAAAGGCUAACAGGCUGGAUCAAGCCCUGUCUCAGUACUUUGGACAGGCGGCACAGCUGGUGGAGCAGCAGGAGAUCUACGCGGAGACCCCGCUACCCGUGCGGAAAUGCCCCCAAUGCUCCCGGGACAUGGUCCUGAAAACCAAAAGAGAUGGAGGGUUCUUCAUAUCAUGCGUCGGGUACCCAAGCUGUAAGUCGGCCAUCUGGUUCCCCAGUUCGGUCCUCGAGGUUUCACGGGAUGAUAGUGUUUGCAGCGUCUGCCGGCCUCAUCCUGUCCACAGGCUGAAGAUGAAGUUUAAGAGGGGCAGUGUCCCUCCCCUCAUGCCCCUGGAGUUCGUUGGCUGCAUUGGCGGCUGCGAUGAGACGCUGAGAGAGAUUCUGGACCUGAAAUAUCUAAACGGUGGAAGCAGAGGGUCCCGGGCCGACCCGCCGGGGGCUAACCACGUGCAGGUGAAUCCGACCGGCAACCGCACGGGGAACAGCCGAGGCGGGCAGAGCAGGCAGCUGCCAGCCAGGAGGGAAAGGAACUCUGUUACGGUGACACCUGCUGCCCCAAGACGGCCACCUGACCCCAGCCCCAGCAGCGGGGGCAACGAAGUGGUCUGUAACUGCGGUGUAACUGCCGUCCAGCUCACCGUACGGAAGGAGGGACCCAAUCAGGGUCGCCCGUUCUACAAGUGCGACGGAGGAGCUUGCAACUUCUUCCUGUGGGCUGACGAAGAGGGGGGAGCGAGUAGAGGUGCGCCGGCGGGACCAUCUUCCGGGGGGCGUCCGUCUGGCGCGUUCAGCAGCCCCAUGGCGGCCGGUGACGGCUUCAGGUCUGGAGGGACCGCCGGCGAUUCAGGAGGAGAGGCUACCUGUAUGUGCAAUCAGGCGGCGGUCACCCGCACCGUGCUGAAGGAUGGAGCCAACAAAGGGCGACAGUUCCAUACGUGCGCCAAACCCCGGGAGCAGCAGUGCGGCUUCUUCCAGUGGGCCGACGAGAACGUUGCUCCAGGUCCUUCCACCAGCUUCCCCAACGCAUUUGGAGGCUCAGCAAACCCACAGAGAGGAUCGGGGGCAAAAAAUAAGCGGCCGGACUACGGUUCAUCAGACAGGGGUCCCACUGCUAAGAAACAGAGGACGUGCGGAAUUUGUCAUCAGCCCGGACACAAUCGGACCAACUGCCCCCAAAACAGAUGACGGAGGAGGGGGGGGUCUCCGUGAAGGGCGGCCAUCUUUUUGUGUAGUAGUUUUCUGUACAUAAAUCAGACUUUAAGCCCCGCU